UCUGAAGCAAAGAUUUGAGUUCCCAGUUACCUCAUCCAAGCCCAGGCUGUUCGGAGUCUGGUGGCUGCAGUGCUGAAAGAGAAAGGUCAGAAUGAGAAGAUCGGACAGAGCUCCGCACAGAGCCCUGCUCUGGAGGCGCUGUGGGAGCAGUGUUGCAGUGAGUCUCCAUUGGUGCGCUCGGCCUGCUGUGACGCCCUGGUGCUGUUUGUGGAACAGGGACACGCCGACCUGCAACACACACUCAACAGCAUCCUCAACCUGCUGCCGUCCGCAAGGAAUGUCCAGGGUCUGAUAACCGUGACAUCCAGACUGCUGCAGCUGCAGCUCAGCCAGGGAGACAGAGGAGCAGCAUUCACCUGUCCCUACUCCAUCAGUGAGUGGCCAGUCUGUCAUGAAGAGUGAAGAUGACGGAGGGUCUGAAGCAAAGAUUUGAGUUCCCCAGUUACCUCAUCCAAGCCCAGGCUGUUCGGAGUCUGGUGGCUGCAGUGCUGAAAGAGAAAGGUCAGAAUGAGAAGAUCGGACAGAGCUCCGCACAGAGCCCUGCUCUGGAGGCGCUGUGGGAGCAGUGUUGCAGUGAGUCUCCAUUGGUGCGCUCGGCCUGCUGUGACGCCCUGGUGCUGUUUGUGGAACAGGGACACGCCGACCUGCAACACACACUCAACAGCAUCCUCAACCUGCUGCCGUCCGCAAGGAAUGUCCAGGGUCUGAUAACCGUGACAUCCAGACUGCUGCAGCUGCAGCUCAGCCAGGGAGACAGAGGAGCAGCAUUCACCUGUCCCUACUCCAUCAGGAGCUUCCCCCACCCCUUCAUCUCUCUUCUGGAGAACCGGGCUGACUGCUGGCCCUUUCUGCUUCAGGAGAUCCAGGAGUACCUCCAGCAGGCCACACUCAGGGGUGAAGUGGAAUACGUGUCCAUGCUGGCUCCGUUCCUGAGGUACCUCUACUGCGAACCCCAGAGGCUGCCAGAACAUGCACUCCUGCGACACAGCCUCCUCAAGGUGCUCCUACCUGCACCAGAAGGCCCAGUACUUGGGCCGGGAAGCCUAGUACCUCCACCAGGAGGCCCAUUACCUGUGCAGGGAAGCUUAGUACCUCCACCAGGAGGCCCAUUACCUCUUGCGAAGGAGGGCCCCAGCAUGGAGGUCACCUGCAGUGUUGUCCGGUGCCUCCUGGAGCUGGUCCCACACAUGCAGGUGGACAGUGUUGCGGCGGUGCUGGAGCUGAGUGGUCUGGUGGAGGUGCUGUUUCCUGUGAUGAUGCAGGACUCGGGGCUGUGGAGCAGGGAGCUCUCCCUUCUGGCAAUGCACCUCCUCUGCGCCUCCCAGCUCUGUCUGGGUCUGGGGGGAGACUGCCGCCCCCUCCUGCACUCCCUGCAGCGCCUCCUGCCCACCUGUGCACAGGUGGUGCCGUUAGAUCAGGUGUUGAUGGGGGUGUCUGUGCUCUUACUCCAUGCUCCAGCCUCUCAGCAGACUGCUCUCCUGGAGCUCGCGGUGUGUGUGCUGGGGGUGUGUGUGGAGCCCCCUGUGGGUGGUGGGGGGGUGCUGCGGCUGCCCCUCCUGCAGGUGCUAUCCUGCUGCAGCCUGAUGGAGGCGCUGUCCGACCCACACACUCGCUGCACCAACCAGAACCUGGCUCAACAGCUGCUCGACACGCUACAGGACCAGAACCUCAGAGCCACACCCAGCCAGAUGCCUGUGUUUGAGAUUCUUCCUCUGAGUGUGUGGCACAGUGAGCUGGCGGUGGCGUGUCGAACCCUGCGACGCAUCUCAGGGGUUGCCGAGGCGACCGUGGAGUGGCUACAUUCCGUUGGUUCCGCCCUGCCACUGAGCGAACGUGUCCCAGACACCCUCCCUCUGCUCCUCACCCACGCCAUCGUCUGUCACCACGGCGACGUCUGCCGCCUCGCCCUGGAGACUGUUGCCACCCUCGCGCGGGCUGACCCCACCCAGGUGCCCAGUGUGCUUCCUGUGCUGAUGUAUAAGUUGGGGAGGGUGUCUGAUCCAGCACUCUCUCAGUCUCUGCUCUACACCCUGCCAAAGCUGGCAACACAUAAGCUGUGUGUCCCUCAGGUGUUGCAUGUGCUGCAGACUCUAAGCAGCGCCCCCAAGCUCAGAGCUGUGGUACUGCGCCUCAUGACUGCUCUCUGGGAGAAACAGGACCGUGUGUAUCCCGACCUGCAGAGGCUGAUGGGUGUGCUGGAGAAGACCGCUGGCCUGCUGGGCAGGGAGGCCCAGUGGGAACAGGUGCUGGCGAGAGCUGCCUGCAUCAGAGACGUCUGUAGAGAGAGGCCGUACCAGCACGGUGGAGACAUGCUGGCUGCCAUCACACACACACUUACCCAGUGCACACGGAAAGACCAGGCCACACCCACCGCCCUCGCUCUGCAGGGGCUCCAGGAGCUGUGUCGAGCAGAGGUAGUGGAUAUUGGCUCCACGUGGAAGGCUCUCUCCCCACAGCUGAGUUGUGACACCAGGCCGCUAGUCCUGAAGGCCACAGCCGAGCUCCUGUCUCUGCUGCCUCAGCUGGCUGUCAAAACAGAGGAGUAUGAGAAACUGAAAGAGCAGGUGGUCAGUGUCCUGUGGGGAUAUGCACUCAGUCAGGAUCCUGAGGUGGCUAGAUGUGGCUAUAAGGCCCUGUCAGAGUUCUCAGAGGGAUGUCAUGUCAUCCUUCACCUGCCUGAAAAGGCACGGCCGGAGAAGAUGCAGCCUGACAGUGAGGACGAGCAGAGCAGAGAGACGGAGAGAGAGGAGGAUGUGAGUGUGCCUGGCGCCUCAUACAUCAAGCUCCUGGGACACACUCCUCUGGCUGUUCUACCUGCGCUUGAGCUCUUCCUGACGGGGCUGGUGAGGCAGGAGAUGAGCGUGAUGCCCCGCGGGGUGUACCACUCCGCCCUGCGCAGGGGGAACCUGCGCUCGGACCAGGGCAAGACCCUGGCGGGGGUGCCAGCCUUCAUGCUCAAGACCUACGAGAAGAACAAGCAGCCGGGGCUCAAGCCUGGCCUGUCAGCUGGCCUGCUGCUGUGCUUUGACCUGCCUAUACAGACGGACAGAGAUGGUCGGCCAAUCAGCCGCUUCCUUGUCAGCCGAGGCCGGAACUACCAGCAGAUGUUGGCAGCUCUCAUCCAUGAGGUGAAUAUCCAGCCGUCAGAAUGGCAUCGUUCUCUAUUGCGGCCUCAGGCCUGGAGGGGGUUCAUGAGUCGAGCGUACCACGCUGUCCUGCAGGGUCGUAAGGCUGAGCUGGAGAUGCAACAGAAGCAGGGGAAGGAGAGUCCAGAGGAGCUGCAGUACAAACAGCACUGCGCCUGGCUCUGGGUCAGAGACCAGCUUACUGAUGUGGUUAAAUCUGCGGCUAAAGAGAGCCCGGUGGUGCAGGGGAACUCCAUCCUGGCACUGAGCAGCCUGGCCGCCGUGCUCACCAAGUACGAGAGCAACCUGCCGGCCGACACUGAAGGAGGACUCGGGGCAGGGCCAGAGAUCCUGCCCACUGCUCAUUGGCUGGCCAUGGUGAUUGACACGCUCCUGAGCAUAGUGAGCAGCAGCUACAGGCCGAAGGGGCAGGUCUUCCCCUGGUUCCUGCACCGCUCCUACUCUGGUGAGAACACUGCCAGUGUGAUCGCUCGCUCGUGUGCAGCUCUUGGCCUGACGCUGCUGGUGCCCGUGCUGGUCACCUACCAGAGGGAGGGCCUGCCCGCCAUCCUGGCCCUGCUCAGAGCAGCCUUGCCUGGGCAGCCUGCUGCAGACGAGUCCCAGGCUCUACAGUUCCACACAGGCCUUGCUCUGGGCAUGCUGCUCGCUGCAUUACAGGAGGAGAGAAUCAGUGAUGUAUCUGGUCAGUGCAUGUCUGAGCUGCUCUCCUCAUCUCUGGAUGCUCUGGAGGCCUGCUGCUUUGACCCCAGUCUCGAGUACAAUGCGGGCUGUGUGCUGGGCACAGGGUUGGCUCUGUGUGCACUGGGUGGGGAGCAGCAGGCACGGCUGCAACUCUCCCUCGACAAGAUGCUGAGCGGCCUGCAGGAGGCCAGCGAGCAGCAGGGACGCAUGUCACAGGAGGUGCUGGCGUACUCUGUGGCAUGUGUGUGUGUGUCUGGAUUCAGUUCUGGGCAGGUCAGUGCUGGCAAGGCUGAGGAGAUCAUGAGCACAUUACGCAACAUGACGGAAGAGAGCCAACAGACCCCCGGCUUCGCCCUGGCUCUGGGCGUGGCAGUGCACGGUCUCUCCUCCUGUGGUCACGGGAAGGCAGAGGACAUCCAACCCCGCCUGCUGGCCGCCUGGACCAAGAUCCUGCUGGCAGAGGGUUGCCCUACCAUGCAGAGGCUUGCAGCUCUUAAUGGUCUGGUGGCUUUGGUUGGAUCAGAGGAUGCUCUCAUUCAGCUGAGGAGUGAGCAGGAGCAGUCCUCACAGCAGCAGGGCCGACUCAACGAGGUCAUAAGAUCCAUCACACAGGUGAUUUCCUUCUCUGGCGCGCUUGGGCUGCAGUCAAAUGGGGCGUGUCUGGUGGGCCACCUGCACCUGGCCCACAUGUCCUCCAGCCACACCCGCACCGCAGUUCCCCAGGAUUUCAGCUACUUGCCUGAGAAGAGUGUGAUUAGAGCUGCAGUGGACUACCUCACAGAGGCCGGAAAGAAAGGUCCUGAGGUCAUGACCCCUGAGCCGGUGAAGAUAGCUCUGUGCUCGCUGGCAGCGGUGGGCACGACCGUCCAGUACCCGCCCAUCAACUGGAAUGUCUUCCUCUCACCACUCAUGAGGCUCAACUUCGGUGAGGAGGUGCAACACCACUGCAUAGAGCUGGCUGCCAGCCAAGCCCAGUCUUCCCAGAGUGCUUCACUCUUCCUGGGGGUGUGGCUGGCUCCUCCCCUUGUCCACAGUUUGAGUGUGCGUACGCGUGCUCACCUGUAUGAGUGUGUAGGCAGCUGGAUGCGUCACGUGACUGAUGACAAGCUGCAGGUGUACGUAGACACUCUGGGGGUGCAGCAGUUCACCCCUGAUCUUCGACCCCAGCGCCUGACCUUGUGCCGGGCCGUCCUGCGUGGCCUGGCAUCAGCAAUGGCGCUGCCCAACCCGCCCCAGGCCUGCUGGGCCACCCUCUGCUCCGUCACCGAGAAGAUAUACACACUCCUGCCCUGCCACAUACAGGAUGCUGAUGUGGAGCUGUAUGAGGGCGUGGCUAAAUGCCUGUCUGAGAUGAGUGACUCUGAGAUUGACAGGAUCGCCACAGUCACAGAGGCCAGUGUGGAGAAGGCGCCCUUCACUCUGGCCCUCCUGGCCUCUCAGGGACGGGUGCCACUCCUGGGCCUCAACGAUGUCAUCAACGCCACCCUCAGGCUGGCCAAUAAGGACAGAGUGGGCUGGCUACUGCUGCAGUGCCUCUACCAAUCACGGUUCGCCUCAGGCCCCAACACAGGUGUAGCUAAGCGUAUGGAGUGGCUUUUGGAGUUAAUGGGCCACAUCCGGAAUGUAGCGUACGGAGCAACAACAGUGAAAUGUGACAGUAUUACAGAGGCUACAGACUUCCUGUUUGGAGUGUUCUCGGCAGCCCUGGUGUCGUGGGCCGACCUCUCCAUGCCCCUGCUGCUGGGGGUCAGGGCCCAGUGGUUUCCAUGGAAGCAGAGUGCGGUACAAGCAGGUUUGCCCCACGCACUCUAUGGCGCCCCCUCUGCCCAGGAGCAUGUACUGCAGCUGUGUCAGAUGGCACUGCCACACUGCAUGCCACAGCUGCUGGGAAAAGAGCCCUGGAAGGCCCAGUCUCAGAAGUUCAUAGAUUGGCUCUUCAGCAUGGCAGAGGCUCCAGCAACCGGCCUAUCAGAUCACACCAUCUUCAGUGCCAAAGCUGCCCUCCUCUCUCUGAAAGGCACCCCAGAGUUCAAGAAGAAGGGUGUAUGGACCAGAGCAUACGGCUGGUGACACACACACACACACACACACACACAUCAACUUCAUACGCUUACAACACACAAAGUAGUUGUAUCCUUAUAUGGCUGAUGUUCUGCAGGAGACACACACACACACCUCUUACUUGCCGUCCAGCUUGCUUAGCCUUUGCCGUGAGUCUUCACUUCUUCGUGCUGCGGUUUUGGCUGUGAACAAACCCAUCAUCGGUCUGUCCCUGAUGCUGCUGAACCUUACGCCGAGCCACGAAUGUGUUCUGUGGGCUCAGUACUGACCUGUGGAGCCAAUGAAGAAGCUAAGCACGGUCCUGCAGCUCUCUGCCCUCCGGCCCAUACCACCCCGAUGUCAUCACACACACACACACACACACACACACACACACACACACACACAGCGAGGCCUUUACCACACCAGUGUCAUUCCACACCCACACACACACAGAUGGCCUAAACCAAAGCUUUCUAGGCCCAUGAGGACUUGGACUCUGUGCUAAAUGUAUGUUGUGCCCUGAGCAUUCCCUUUGGCCUAUGUGUGACUGACACAAGAAUAAAAUAAUGCCUGUAAAACUC